CAGUUGUGUGCGUGUACGGACGGUGUGUGUGCGCUGCACACAAACCAAAGACCAGCGAUAAAACCAGUUAAAAAGUACAGGAGCUUUUCAGUCGAGCGUGAGAGACGGCAAGUAUGAACGUGCAACCGGCCUGGAUAUCUACGAUUAGCGAAAGAUGAAGUCUGGUUUUCUAACAUUGGUUUGGAUUUGUUCCUUGUCUGUGGUGUUUGCACAAGAUCCCGAAUGCUGUCAUGGUGUUCGAAGCCACCCUGCCUGCCAAGCAUCAUGUGAUCAGAUGGCUUUAGAAGCCUCAGCACCAGGAAGGAGACAGCAUCUGUCCAACCUAAGAAACAACUGCCCAAUGUCACUGGCAACCUUUUGGCACUGCGUCAACACGUCUGCACCAGAUAUUUGGCAAGAAGACACUGGCUGGCCUGGACUCAUUUGCUGCACUAAUGCUCGAGCUGGUCACUGCCGUGCAGCUUGUCGACAAGCGGAUUCUUUCUCUGCUGCAUCUUCAGCCUGCUCUAGACAUGAGGAGCCUUCUCUUUUCCAGUGUUUGGACAGGUUUGAGAAGAAAGAGCAUUGCUGUCGUCAUGCAACAUCAGCCACCCAGUGUCGCCAUAAAUGUGAGGCAGUCUUUAAUGCAAUGACUCCUACUGAAGAGAUGUCUUUAGAUGUAUCAAUAUUUUGCCGUGACGUCAGCCAGACGGUUGUCCAGUGUGUUACUAACUAUACCUCAGUGGCUAUACCAGCUAGGGACCCCAGAGAUAGUUUACACUGUUGUGAGCGAUCUCAUAGUGAGUCGUGCAGAGAGACAUGUCGACGUGUCCAUAUGAACCUUACAUCAGAUGUAGAGAUUAUAGACUCAUUGGUGGCUGGAUGCGGUGGUACUAUUCAACCCCAUGUUGGCAUGUGGGAAUGCUUUCUGGUCAACUCAGGGAGUCACAGUAGUCUUGAUUGGCCUAAGAUAUCUAACCCUAGUGCAUUAGACGGAGCUAAGCUGCAGUGCUGUGGUAGAGCUGUGAGCACUAGAUGUAGAGAAAUAUGUGUCAAGCUGUACAGUACAUCUUGGUCGACUAAGCAGAGUUGGAAUGAUUUUGAUGAGCACUGUCAGUAUCAACCAAUGGAAGUAUCACUUCUUACAUGCCUCGCUGAUGUCCAGGAGCCUUGUCAGCCUGGCUGUAGUGGAUUAACAUACUGCACUAAUUUCAAUGACAGACCCGCGGACCUGUUUCGUAGUUGUUCCACACGUUCAGACAGUGGUGCUGCAGAUGAUAUGCAGUUAUGGAGUGAAGGAGUGAUACGUAUGCCAUUUAUGGAUAUCCCAGUCUUAGAUAUCGCUGAAUGUGAAUCUGAGAUGUGGAAAGCCAUAGCAUGUACUCUACAAGUCAAACCAUGUCAUCAUGAAUCACAUGUUAAUAUGAUAUGCAAAGCUGACUGUAUACACAUCUUAAGUCAAUGCAUUGACCAGUCUCGUCUAGCCAAAGGACUGACGGCAGAAGGACUUUGUAAUAUCUUAUCACCGCUGGACGGAGAUGCACCUUGCAUUCCACUUAGUGAAUAUCUAAAGCUUGGACCUUACGAAGACAAGAACGAUGACAUCACCGUUCCAUGUCACAAAGAUCCCUGUAACAAUGAAACCACUGGCUCUAAUGGUAUAUGCUCCAUCAAUAGAGAACUAUGUGGCUUUGGUGAGAUGUGCACCCAGACCAAAUGCACCCCAGGGUGCCGGCUAGGAGAGGCUUCAACAUUCUUAGUGACUCGUGGAAGUUAUGUACGCCUUCCUGAUUCAACGGAUAACUUGGCUUGUUACAAAGCGUGUGUAUGUAGCACUAAUGGCAUGCUGGAACACUGUCAGUCCCUACAAUGUGAAACUAUGGAGGAGUGCAACGUUAAUGGGCAAAGAAAAGAGCAUGGCAGCCACUACCAGACAGGUUGCAAUGACUGUGUGUGUUUCAAUGGUGAAGAGACAUGCUCUAAGAGACAUUGUCUAAACCCAUCGAUGCUAACUACAGAUACAAGACAGUACGCUGCUCUACCUUGCGACUGCACUGAUCAAUAUGUACCAGUAUGUGGGGCUAAUGGACGCACCUAUCCAAGUGCUUGUCUGGCCAGGUGUGCAGCCAAUCUCCGUGAUGACCAAUUUGAGUUUGGGCGAUGUGACUCAAUGAGUGAGCCGUGUGUUAGUAACCAGUGCAAUGCUGAUGAACGGUGUGUAGCAAAGCGUCGUGUUUGUAUCAGCAUCAGCUUCUCUGAGUGUCCACAGUAUGAGUGUGUAUUAACCGGACAUCACAGCUGCAGUAAUGAACCCUAUUCCCCAGCCUGUGAUACUGAUGGUAGACAACAUUCUAAUCUAUGUGCUCUACACCGUAGAGAAAAGAUAUUAGAUUACCUCGGUCCAUGCCAGACAAGGUGUAGCGCCGUUAAUCGUCGCCAAGUCUGUGGUCAGAAUGGUGAGACGUAUCUGAGUGAAUGUGCUGCGUGCAGUGAUAGAACCAUCAUUGAUUAUUAUGGACCUUGUGAAGCUGUAGGGAAACAAACCGGUAAUGCUACAGAGCCACAGUGUGCCUCCGUACAAUGUCCUGAGCCAUUGAUAGCACAUUGCGUUGGGAUUACACCUCCUGGUGCUUGCUGUCCAGUUUGUGCGGCAUACACCAGAGUUCUUUACAGUGUGACUGAAGCUGAAAGAACUGCAGCUGCAUUUGGUAAUCAGGCAGUCUCCGUAGCUGAUAUAUUAAAGGGAUUACGUCCAAUCGUAGCUGUGGCUGAAUGUGAUCUUUAUGGAUAUCUCAACAUUGAAGGUGACAUUGUCAUCUCUGUUAUGUCUACUAAAGCAAUCCCUAAUGAAAUACAGAUCGAGGCAUGCAACAAAGAGGCUGAGAAACUGGGAGCCUUGAUCAACACUCGUAGUCCAAUGGUGGUCUCUUACAUGUACAUGUCUCCCUUACUAGCAGCUAGAACAUCAAUGGUCACCACACAGGUCAUGACUAAGGGUAGCGCUCAACAUCUUACCAUCAGUACUACAUUAUUACUAUGGUGUAGCGUUUUAGUACUUCUAAUACAAAGAAUAUCAUAUAGGUGAUACUAUGCCUAGUGUAUAUUAUGUAACUUGUAUAAAAAAAAGUUUAUGUCUAUCCAUUUUAUGAUAUAUGUAUAUACUUGUACAAUUGUAUUCUUUUUGUACAUAAACUGGGUUUUUUUCAAUCGUUUUUUGUUUAAAUAAAUUUGAACAUUUGAAUGUUAUUUAUUUUUUCCUUAAUGAUAUGCUCUGUAGUCAAUGAUUACGUCGUCUGUACUAAUGUUUUCAAAAUGUGACCAUAAUUAUAAAGGGAUGAAUGGGAUUAAUGGCAUCCCUCGAGUCUUGAUGGUUCCAUAUUAUUAAUUAAAGAUACGUUACCUCAAUAGGGUUUAUAGUUAAAGGCAGUUGACACUACUUCUAUGGGUUUUGCCAACAAAGUAUACAAGUUUGAUGGUUUGAUCAAGGAACACAAAUUGAAAAGAUACUAGCUGUCGAUCACAACAGUCACUGACCUGGACUAGUCCACAUCCUCCACGGGGGAGGAAGCCGAGCAAUACAAAAUACAGUUGUACCAUUAUAGUGAAAGGGGGUAUUUUCACUACAAACAAAAAACCCCAAACAAAAGGUUUUACUGAAAUAUGGUUCAGGUUAUUUAAACAUAUUUUAUAUUUAAUUUGAAUACUUGAUGAAACCGGCACUUUUUUUAUUUUAUUUAUCAUGUCUUUGGUUUACAUUGAAAGUCAAAAUUGUACAGAAAUGUAAAUAGGGAUGUACAUGGUGAAAAUAAAACGAGGUGCUUAUUGUACAGAAAUAAAACAUGACCAAAGUGGUCUGUAACUUUAUAAUA